AUGAUUAAUAGUAAAUAUUCAUCAUCAGCACCAAAUGUUCGGUUCAACGUACAGCGUGGUUAUUCAAGUGGUUUUGUAUGCGAACAUAUUGUUUAUACAUUCUCUGGCAGUGAUUUUAUAAAUCUUACACCCUCUGAACCUUUUAAUACAUUUCAGUCCAAUACAUAUUUGACAAUAUGUUCUGCAACAACACCAAUAGUACCAUUAGUUCCUUCAGAGAUUAUACAAUCAGCUAAAUUCAACGACUCUUAUCAAUUACAAUUAAAUUCAUCAACACUUCCAUUAUCAACUUUACAAAAAUAUAACAUAAAUGACAACUUUGUAAUACAAUUAUCAAGUAUGGGUUCAUGGUCUACUUCAGAUAGUAUUGAAACAUUCUUAAAUAUAGAUGAAAAUGCACAAAGAUUUAGUACAUUCUAUCCUGAUGAGAAUAAUUUCUCAACAAUAUCAUUACAAAAUGAUGUAAAAUCAGUAAUUGUAUAUUUUGAUUCCGGUGGAUAUCCAGUUACAAAAGCAUCAAUAUUUCGAAUUGAAUUAGAAAUACAUGAUUUAGGUACGUUAACAGCUACCAAUGAUCAACAGCGAUUAAAUUAUGGACAAUUAUCAGCCUAUGUUGGUUCUAGAAAAUUAUUCCCAUUAAACUCAGAAACAUUACCUGCUUGUAUAACAAAACAAAAUCAACUGAUACAAAUUAGUGAAUCUAUUAUUAGUUCAUUUAUUUUGUCAUUUCAAAAACCAGGUCGUUCAACACUGUUAACAAGAUUUCGAUGUAAACGCCUGUUUCACUGUCGUAUGAUUUAUUCUUGUAAAUUUCGAAUACAAAUUGUCGUUGUUUUAAAACUUGCUGGUGAUGUAUCAAUUAGGUUUAUUUUUAUUUCCAAUUCAACUACAAAUGAAACUAUUAUUGAAACGCUAUCAACAAUGCCAUAUCAAUUUGGUAAUGGUCAUAUUGACGAUGUUAAUACUAGUGAUGCUGCUGAACUUAAAAUCGAGUUAUUAUUUAACGAUGAUUUUACAGGUGAUCAAGAACAAGUUUAUGCUCUGAUAUAUUCAAUUACAUUAGAGGCACAUGAUGGUGGAACAUUACAAUCAUUACUGCCGAUAGCACUUCGAAAAACACGACCUACUAAACAGAAUAGACCACAAACAUUUCAUUCCAAAGAUCAAUUUAACAUUAACGAAUAA